ACAAGUCAAUCCACUAGAGCCUCAAAAACAAAAACAAAAACCAAAAAUCAGAGACUUUCAAGAUCCUUCUUCUUCUCUACAAAUCACUCACUCCAGCAAGUCUUCCAGUUACAAUCGAUCAUGAUCUCUGUCGCAAUCAUCGCUGAGUUACUAGUGAAGUACACUGCUGCUCUCGCUGAACUCGCCGCUGGGAUUCUUCCGAGACGUCAAGACGACGGCAACGUCGUAAGGGUUGGAGGUUUCAUUUUGCCUUCUCAUUCUCCGUCUAGUACUAAUCGGUCGUCUCCAAUACCAGACUCUUCUUCUCAUUUCAUUAAUUUCUGAUUUGUGACGACUCUUUAGAGUGUUUGUCAGUCAUCUUUCUUUUUUAACCUAAUAAUAGUGACGGCUGAUGUUUUACCCUUGAGUGUCUCGAUGCCUCUUAUCCUCUGUAUGAGAAAUAUAUAAUGGAGAUUUUAAUGAUUUUGAUUA